GUGGCGUACGGGAGCAGCUGCAACUGGUACACAAGCACCUGGCGGCUGCUCCUGCACCUGGCGGCUGCUCCUGCACCUGGCGGCUGCUCCUGCACCUGGCGGAAGCUGCACCAGCGGCGGUUGACGAGUGGCGGCCGCAUCAGCAGCUUGUGCAGGCCAGCUUUCUCGUGCCGACCAGCAGCUUCAACUUCAACGGCGUGCAGCAGGGGUCGCACAUCAGCAGCACUACCCGGCGCUCGGCAGCAGCAUCAGCGUAUUGCAGUAGCGACACACUCGCGGAAGUAGCGGCGGGUGAGCUGGAGACGACUAGCAGCAACUGGCUGCUGACCCAUUCUUCUGCCGAG